GGAGGAAGUUUGCAGUGAGGACCGACGCGAGGUUCUGGUUUAAGGAAGUUAGCGCAAUUUCCGGUCUGCUUACAAGAUGGCUGCGCCCAGUGGUGGUUUCCAACCUCGUGAACGGCGUUUUGCAGCGCAGGAGCAGGAUUGGGAUAAUGCGCCGCCUAAGAGACCCCGGUUUGGGGCAGGAAGCAAGAGCGGAGGCCGUAGACUCAUUGUGGUGCUGGAAGGCGCCAGUCUGGAGACAGUCAAGGUAGGGAAAACUUAUGAGCUACUCAACUGUGACAAGCACAAGUCCAUGUUGUUGAAGAAUGGACGGGACCCAGGGGAAGUCAGACCAGACAUCGCCCACCAGAGCUUACUGAUGCUGAUGGACAGCCCCCUGAACCGAGCUGGCUUGCUCCAGGUUUAUAUCCAUACACAGAAGAACGUGCUGAUUGAAGUGAACCCCCAAACGCGAAUUCCUAGAACCUUCGAUCGCUUUUGUGGCCUCAUGGUUCAGCUUUUACACAAACUCAGUGUCCGAGCAGCUGAUGGCCCUCAGAAGCUUUUGAAGGUAAUUAAGAAUCCGGUGUCUGACCACUUCCCAGUUGGCUGUAUGAAAAUUGGCACUUCCUUCUCCAUCACAGACGUCACUGAUGUGCGAGAGCUGGUGCCCAGCAGUGACCCAGUUGUUUUUGUGGUGGGGGCCUUUGCCCACGGCAAGGUCAGUGUGGAGUACACAGAGAAGAUGGUGUCCAUCAGCAACUAUCCACUUUCUGCUGCCCUUACCUGUGCCAAACUUACCACAGCCUUUGAAGAAGUAUGGGGUGUCAUCUGAGAGCAGCAGAGCCUAGUUCAGACAGGACUCUUGGCGUUACGUCUGUGGACUCCUAAUGUGUCUGCUGGAAGAUCAUCUUCUGUACCAAGAUGGCAGAGUGGGAGCCAACACUGUAUUUCCUAUAAAGACUGUGCUUUUUUCCUUUUUUG